AUGUCACCAUCCAGAGGAACCUCAGAAGUACGUUCUACCACCUCUGAAGCCAGCACCGAAGCUCGCGCAGAAAUACGUUCCUCAACCGCCCUAACCUCCGCCAAAAAAAACAUACAAUUCCUCUUCUCCCCGGAUUCCCCCAAUGCCCCUCGACCAGUCCACCUCCGAACACGAGCUCUACUCCGCUCUUUACGAUUCAUCGUAAUUUUCGUCUUCUGGCGUAUCGUUCGCUAUGCAAAAUACGCGCUGGUUGGAAAUGUAAUGGCUGCAAUUGGGGCAUCUGCUUUUGACGGGGUUGUCAGUGGUGCUGCGUUUGUUUUGGCCCCCCCAACCAUUAUGACGAGUGUUGGGGUGGGAUUGAUAUGGGCGAUGGGUAAAUGGGGGUUCAGGAAGAUGAUGGUCGGAGAGAUGGCGGCGGCAGAGGUUGGUCAUAGUAGGCAAAAAACGGUUCAGGAUGGGCAAUGGAGAGAUGUUCAAGGGCCAAGGGCAGUACCUUGGUGA